AACCCUUAGUUAACCAUGGUUAAACCCCGGGCCCAUCUCCACUCAUCUAGCACUAUAUUUAAAAGCCCGAAGCCCCCUUCCUCUUUCCCCUCAUCGCCUCAACCGCAUAACAACUCACCAUACUUUACGAUGCUAUCUGUAGUACUACCAUCCCGUCCAACUCUCUCCGCUCCAACUCUCUCGCCCAGGCCAGCCACUAACAGCUCGCCCAGGCCAGCCACUAACAGCUCUCCCAGGCCAGCCACUAACACCUCGCCACGCGUCAAAUUCGCACCACCGCAAGCCUUCGCCACCGCUUCGACCGAGAACUACACUACAACGUCGUAUCUGCCGCCGUACCACCCUCACCACACGGCCACCAACGCCGCCGCGUGCGGGUCGUUUUACGAGAUCCUUGGCAUCCCCACGGGAGCCUCGUGUCAGGAGAUCAAGGCCGCGUAUCGGAGACUGGCGCGCACGUCCCACCCCGACACCGUGCUGGCCGCAAACCAAAAGGACUCGUCGGCCGGUGAGUUCAUGAGGAUCCACGCCGCCUACUCCACGUUAUCGGACCCCAAGAAGCGCGCCGACUACGAUCGCAAGCUCUUUCACCGGUACCGGCCGUUGAAGGCGACGGUGUUCGCGUCCGGCUACAGGAGCCGGAAUUGGGAGACGGACCAGUGCUGGUGACCGAGUUGACUCACCGCGUCCGAUUUCCCCGAGUCGAACACUAAUCCAGAUUUGAGUGAAGAUAAUGAAUAGAUUAGUCGAAGAGCAGACGAUACAUAUGUAAAUACAUAGACCUACCAAUAAAUAUCAAUAUAUAUAUAUAUACAUCUUAUUGGGCUGAGUUGAUUGUACAUAUUUUUUUGAGGAGUAAUAAUAGUAGAUCACCUUGCCGAUGUGAA